AUGCCUGUAAGCCAAAUCCAAGACAGUGAGAUCAUUGUGUUUGCCAAGAAAUACAAUUUGAGUCUCGUAAUUAUUGGAUCUUCAAAGAAGGACCUUAAUGUGAUUCCUGACAUUUACCUACAUUCGGAGCUUACAUCGAACGGUACAGAUGUCAGAAAUUUGAGCCCGUAUGACAUGUCAUCAUUGAUUGUGGUAGUACCGUGCAGCAGAAAGAGGGCCAUACGAGAUGUCUUCAGGCAACUGAAGGUCUUGCCCCUGUUGCUAUGGAUUCUACCCAUUUAUGUCGUAUUUGUGGUCGUGGAAACGUGUAUUCUGAUGUUAACCCAUCGUUUUCGAGGGCACACCUACCGAUUGACCUGCAUGAAUCGGCUUCUGAAUCUGCGUGCCUUUAGGGCCAUUCUGGGACUGCCAUUUCCCAUUAGCCGACGAUCCAGCUUUUCACUCAGACAACUCUUUAUGGCUAUCAGCGUUUUUGGACUGGUCUUUAGCAACUUUUUCAGCUGCAAAUUGAGUGCUCUGCUAACGAAGCACAGCCACCAUCCUCAAGUAAGCAACUUCGAUGAGUUGCGUGGCAGUGAUUUGUCCGUAAUUGUUAGACAUAACAUUCGCAUUUAUAUUGAAAAUAAAUUCGGCUCUGAGUUCUUUGAAGACUGCAUACCAAGAGCUAUAUUUUUGAACAAUAGUGAGGUGACACGACUCAUGCUCUCGUUAAAUGACAAGUAUGCGUAUAUUAUGCUGUUCGAAAAGUGGACUGUGCUGGACAAUUAUCAAAAAUCUAUCAAACGAAAUAUUCUUUGUACUUCAAAGGACCUGACCAUCAUGUCGGGCAUACCCAGAAUACAAGCACCAUAA